AGGGGAAAACAAUCCCCCACAAAACGCCUCGAGAUGAACUAGAACAGCACUGUUGUUUGGCCAGCUGGAUUUUUCGUACUACAAUGAAGAUACUGGUUUUCACUGGACUGCUCUCUCUUACCUCCAGUCUUUUCACAACAGAAUUUUCACUGAAUGGCUCUGCAGUUAAAACUGUGUCUCUUAUCAAGACUUUCCGUGGAAUUUCAGCAAGAGACUAUGAUUAUAUCCCCCCUUAUGCUAUAGAAGGGGAAACAACAACUGUCCACAUCAGAGAACACAAAUGCUCUUCAAAAAAGUCAAAUGACUCCACUUUAACAGAAGUGAACAACACCACGCUGAAGUACCUGACCAGUUCUCUGAGCACCAAGCUAAUACCUGCCGUCUACCUCAGUGCUGUUUUAUUGGGUGUACCGUCUAAUGCCAUCAUUUUGUGGAUGCUGCUCUUCAGGAUCCGGUCUGUGUGCACUGCCAUCCUCUACACAAACUUGGCGGUUUCAGAUCUGCUCUUCUGCAUCAUGCUGCCCUUCAAAAUAGCGUACCACAUCAACGGUAACAACUGGAUUUUUGGGGAAAUGAUGUGUCGAACUACCACUGUGGUGUUUUAUGGCAACAUGUACUGCUCCAUUCUGCUGCUCACAUGCAUCAGUGUCAGCCGCUACGUGGCCAUCGUUCACCCCUUCACCUACAAGAGCCUGCCGAAGCGCGCCUACGCCAUCGCUGUCUGCGCUACCGUGUGGACGAUCGUCUUCUUGUACAUGCUGCCGCUUUGCAUAAUGCAGCAAAGCUAUUACGUAAAACAACUGGACAUUUAUACUUGCCAUGAUGUGCACAACGCCUGUGAAACAGUAUCUUCCUUCCAGUUCUACUACUAUGUUUCUUUAGCUAUCUUUGGGUUUUUAAUACCUCUUGCAACUAUUGUUUUCUGCUAUGUUUCAAUUAUACGAACACUCAAGACUCAUGAAUGGUUUUGGUACGUUAAAGUCAGUCUUUUGAUCCUUACCAUUUUUGCUAUUUGCUUUGUGCCAAGCAAUAUCAUCCUUAUUAUCCAUCAUAUCAACUAUUACUAUUACAACACAGAUGGGUUGUAUUCUUUUUAUCUAAUUGCUUUAUGCCUUAGCAGCUUAAACAGUUGUCUUGAUCCUUUCCUUUAUUUUUUGAUGUCAAAAAUUAGAAGUCAAUCCAAUACUUAUCUAACAAUGGUUAAAAUAUACAGAGAAAAAUGAAUUUAGUUCUAUACUUAUAUUAUUGGAAUUAUGAUUUUAUAUAAUAUUAACCCAGACAGCAACCAACCUCAGGUGCAACAAUUAAACUUAAAA